AUCUCUACCUCACCCAUUCACCUCAUCUCGAUCCGCUCAUUUGCCAUUACGUAGAGCGCUUCAAUGCAUCUCUGAAAGCCGAUACAAGGCGCAAGUGUCUCAUUUCCACCGUCCGGAUACUUCGCAGAGCCACCGCGGAUUGAUCCCUCUCUCUGUCGACCUCCUCCUUCGUGCAACGCCCGCGGCAACUCCAUCACCCGGCACGAUACCAUCAACCAUGACGUCCUCUAUCACGAUAACCUUCUCCCGGGAGGGGAUGAGGCCCCCUGUCUUCAUCACCAGCUCGCUGGUCCAGUGGCAGAUAUGGAAGAUGGAUAUCCGCGACGAAACGACUGAGAACGGAGACCAAAUAUUUUACAAGACCUUUGAGGAUGUAAAGGACGGCGAAUACCAAUACAAGUUCCGGCUUGGUUAUGAUGAUUGGUGGGUUCUUGACUCGGAGAAAGAAACAGUCACCGACAACGCGGGGAACGUGAACAACGUCAUCUUCGUCCAAGCCAAGAAUGAACAGCCUUCGGAUAGCGAAGAUAGCGAGGAAGAAACCGUGGAAGAACACAAGGGCACUGCCGAUCAGUCCGGAGCCCCGAAAUCGCUUGCAGACGACUUCACAUCCAACGGAACAGGAUCAUUCCAAAUCACUCCCACUUCCGACGGCUCUACCACUUCGGACUCUACCAAAUCUGAGAACAAGGGGAUAGUUGAAGAUAAGGGGGUUACUGAAGAUGUUAAGCACGCUGAAAAGAAAGCGAGCGUGGAGGAGGUCAAAGAAGACGAGAAACCGUCCUCUAUACCAAUUCCCAUCACAGUCGUAGAGAAAGUGCCAGAUGUCGAGCCGCCAAUCUACUCUGGCGUUGAGCCGCGGAGUCUCGAAACAAACGGGUCGAAACGCGCUCAAGAUGCUGAGCCCGAUGCCGAGUACGUCAUCGUAUCGGAUGCCCCCGCGGAGAAUACUGAGGAGAAUGGAGACGGAAAAGAGAAGAAUAAUGUUGAAAAAGCCAAAGAAGAUAGCAAAUUCUUCAAUCCACCAAUCCCUAUCGCCGUUUUCGUGGAAUCGACCGGCAUCGAGGAACCAGCGAAAGCCCGGGCUUCCGAAGAUCAAUCGACAAGCACUGAAAAUACUGUUCCUGACGCUGAAGACGUUACUAAAGCUGAUAUCUCCAAGGAGACCAUCAAAGAAAAAGAGGAAGAGAAGGAGACGAAAGAAGGAGAGGCGGCAUCUUCGGUGCCAGUUCCAUUUACGGUAGUGGAGAAGGUACCGGACGCCGAUGCACCUGUCUAUGGUGAUGUUGAGCCCAAGACUCUCAAAGAAGACGCAGUGAAGCGUGCGCAUGAUGCAGAGCCCGACGCCGAAUACAUUACCACUCCCGAGGCUCCUGCUGAAGAAGUCGCGAGCCCAGACAAUGCGACUGUUCCUCGCCUUGUCCUUGAAAAGGAAGAUGAUGAACCCAGCCAUGGCGACGACUUCGGGAGAGAGGCAACAUCAGGGCAAAAGGUGGCUCACGAAAUGAGGGCCGCUGAUGCCUUGCCAGACGAAACGAUCAUAUCUCCGACUGCGGAUCAGAUAUCUCAACCCAUCGAGGUCGUAGAAAAUCCUGAGCCGACCCCGGAGUCUGAAAGAUCUCCCCUUCUUUCACAUGAGGUGCUGAAUUCAACGGAGAAUGAACCUUCCCCACUUCUUCCGCAUGAGAAGCUGGACAGAUCCCACGAAUCGGCUGUGAAUGAACUUGCGCCCCUUCAUACCCGCGAACAGACAGACACGCCACUAGAUUCUACAGAGGAGGAACCCGCGCAUCUUCUACCGCACGAAAAUGAGGACGCGCCAGUUGAGAAAUUCGAAGAGCCAGUGUCCGAGAAAGCUGUAUCAUCGAACGGCAAUCACAAGCCUCAUCCUCAUCACGAAAAUCUUGACGCUAUCGAUCCCAAGCACAGUUUUCCUUUCCCGAUCAACAAAUUGUUCCUGCUAUCCAUCUUCAUCGGCGUCGUAGCCUACUUCUUAAUACCUGCGUUCGUACGGACCGCGUAGCUGGAUGUGAUUACCGUCGCAUUCACUACUUCGUGAGUAAGUUUGAUUUGGCGUGGCGUUUG